AUGUCAUCGAAUCCAUCCAAAGCACCCGUGCUAGAAGUGCUUAGCAAAGAUGCAUCGCACAGUUUCCAAAUACCUGCGAAACGUAUCCACGAUGGCGACGACGUCACAUUCUUCCUGGCAAGCAGAGCCUAUGCCGAUAUCAUGACUUUCAUCUUCCAACUCAACACAGCGAUGAUACCCCGGAGGAUUAAAGAAUCUAAAGAGCAGGGAAAUGGCACGGAUUCGGUCAAGGAAUGGAGGCUGAACGACCCAGAUGUCCCCCAUCCCCCCGUUGUUGCAAACCUGGCCAAGCUCCUCAACACCUUAACUGCCAUCAUCGAUGAAGCACCACCAGACCCUGGACCUCGUCGCUUCGGAAACGUAAGCUUCAGAACCUGGUAUGACAUUGUCCGGGAACGUGUUUCGGGACUCUUAGAUCAGUAUCUACCAGACGAAGUCCUAGGCUUCAAGUCGUCAUCCGAUGUCUCGGCGAAAAGCGAACUAGAAGCCUAUCUCAUCGGCAGUUUCGGUAGUUCUCAACGCCUAGAUUAUGGCACAGGUCAUGAGCUCAGUUUCCUUGCUUUCCUUGGCUGUCUCUGGAAACUUGGUGCUUUUCCUCACUCGGAAGAUGGCGAGCAAGAACGCGGUAUAGUUCUUGGAGUUAUUGAACCGUAUCUCGCUUUGAUACGUCGACUCAUCUUGACGUACACACUAGAGCCUGCAGGCUCGCAUGGCGUAUGGGGACUAGAUGACCAUUCUUUCGUACCGUACAUAUUCGGUAGCGCGCAGUUUUCUCCUGCUAUCGUCACGCCUGCAGAUGUUGCGGCAGAAGGUUCGUUGUCGACUGCUCCGAGCCCAGGCGACGUGGCCAAAGCCCCCGCCGUAGCCCGCGAGCGCACACGGAACAUGUAUUUCAGCGCUAUCGGCUUCAUCUAUGAUGUGAAGAAAGGUCCGUUCUGGGAACACAGCAAUAUUCUCUACGAUGUCUCUGGCGUGAAAGCAGGAUGGGCCAAGAUCAAUAAGGGAAUGAUAAAAAUGUACAACGCAGAAGUCCUCUCCAAGUUCCCCGUUGUGCAACACUUCCCCUUCGGCUCUUUGUUCUCCUUCUCCGCCGAUCCAAACGCAAAAACAAUUCAAGCAAGCGUUCACACUGCCAACCAACCUAAAUCAAAUACUCCGUCUACUACGGCACCGACUGCUCGACCGGGUCCACAGCCUGCGUUGCGGGAUCCGAUGGCUGAGCCAGCGGGUGGUGCGGCGAGGGGAGGUAUGCCUGGUGGAAUGGUUGGAACUGCUGCGCCCUGGGCUGUUGCUGGUGCUAGGGGGGCAGGCAGUGGCAUGCCUGCUGCAACUGCGGUACCGUGGGCUGGUGGUGCGGGGGCGGGUGUACCUAGUGGUCCAAACCAACCUACAAAAGCGCCUUGGGCGAGUAGAACGCCUGCUCCACCGCCGGCGGGGGGUAGCACUACGGCGCCGUGGGCAAGAGGGAAUGCUGGUGAUGUGCAGAAUGCACAGCAGAAUACGAGGGCACCUUGGGCGGACAAGAGAUGA